AAGCGUGCGUCUGCGACCUUUCAAGAUCCAGCGUAUCCAUCGGCGUAUCUGCCAUUGUCCACCGUCACAGGUCACAGACGCACCUAUCGACUCGUCCAGCAUUGCACACCAAGUCAUCACCUCGUUCAUCAUGCAGCACACCGUCUCAGCUUCGCAUCAUUCCGGUGCGUCAUCUUCUCUAGACGCUUGUGGCUUUGUCGACGCGUCUACUGCAAAUCAGGACGUCGUAGACGCAUGUAAACGCCGCAAUGGCCACAGCCGAGCUAGGUCCAAGCGCCAGCAAUGCAUCAGUCAAAUGGUCGCGAUGUCGUGCAUGGACCAGCCCCGGUCCGCGGACGUCCGUUCGCAGGACCCCGCGGCGUUCGCUCAGUUGCUGGCGGACCAUUUCGUGGCACGGGAGUCAUCCAUCGCGACGGUGGCUGCAUUUGCCAAGCCGCAGCAAUUAGCGAGGCCCGUAGCGGGUUCUGUGGGCCUCGGGAGCUUCAGGAGCUGGCAGUUCGGCGAGCGGUGUCUGGCCACGUACCGCGUGCUGUUCGGCCGUCCGCUGUGGUCCGUGCCGACGUCGCCCAGACCCAGAAAGAGAAAAUACGUGACGCCGCCGACGAGCAGCAGCUCUGAUAGUUCAACCGACGUCGACGAGAUGAGUGCACUGGAACUUGAAGAGACUACAGGCGAGUUACUGCCGCUGCCGACGGUCGACGAGCUGUUGGAGCUUCCGACGGACGAGACGUUCGCGUCGGACGGCAAGACGGACGCUGCGCUGGACGAGGAGGACGUACUUGCUGGACUAUCAAUCGAUUUAGGACUGGGACCUGACGCAGACACCGGCGAGGACUCCAUCGACUUGCUAUGGGAACUGGACACCAGCGACGUAGACGGAGGCACAAUGCUGGCAGGAGGAGAAGAGGAACUGCGGUUCUUGGCGCCGGACGGAGAGGACAUGGAGGAUGUCUGAUGCAGACGAAAGCACACGGAAAAUAAAGGCACACGUAAAUGGGUAUGAUAGAGUUUGUUUUGGCUGACUGGGUCUUCUGUAUCAGGUCUAGACAAUCUCAGGAGGG